CUGCGCCUUUGUGUCCUUGCUACGCGGGCCGUGUUGCGCGCAGCGGCCUCGCUUGCUGCCUGUUGAACCGCUCUUCUCCCGCCUGCUGCACGGUCUGCUACGACGGUGAGCGUCUUUUCGCAGCUCUUUAGGCCCCCGGCCCUCCCACUGACAGAGGAGGGGCACUACCUGGAGCCAUGAAGCAGAUGGUGAACCUCUACCUCCUGGGCAUGGUGCUCACACUCCUCUCUGUCUUCGUGCGUGUGAUGGAGUCCCUGGAAAGCUUGCUGGAGAGCCCAGCGCCUGGCAACUCCUGGAACCCCAGAGGCCAGCUCACUGGCCCGGAAUCUCCUAGGGGUCUUCCCGACCACCCACCCAGAGGGAUGCGAUAGCAUCCCCCAUGUCCUACCCAGUGUGUUGGCUGGGAACGCUGACCUCAACGUGUCCCGCCAGCUAGCCAGCGAGCUCAGAGCACUCAUGCUACCAACCAACUCAAGUUCCUGGGUCUAGGGGAUGGUGUUCAAGUGGGUGUGCCAGGCCCUGGGGUGUGAUGUGAUUGUACAUGUGACGGUGGCUGUGGGAAGGCAUGAUCCCCCAGUGGUCUGCUCUGUGCUUUGCUGUGCCUGUGCUGGGCUCUGGCAUCUUACAUGGAGACUGAGCUGUUGGUAGGUGCCAAUGCUUCCAGCCAUACUUGCCAGACACCGGCCCGGGGUUCUUCAGACUCAUGGAGUCUUUCUGGGUCCGUUUAUGUAGUGUUCAACAUUAGAUAGCAGUUGAAGAGGAAUGUG